AUGAGUUCCCGCAAAAAUAACACCACCAGCAGUCACAGCGAUGCCGCCAAUGCCAUUAGUUAUGUUCGAGAAUUUAGCACACAAGCCGCCCUUUAUCGUAACAACAAAUCUGAAGAUUCCCUGGUGUUACUGAACCGCAAUGCCUCUCUGCUAAGCACCGCCAUACAGCCACAACAUUUUGCACCAGGACAUUUGGAGGUGUCGAAAUUCUAUAUUGAUUUACAUGCAGUUAUGGGUAGCCUAUCCACGGAUUCGGAUGCAUUGUGGGCAUGUGUGUCCCUACUGCAGCAUUGUUCCAAAAAUCUCGAUGCCCGUAAGGCAAUUGUAGAGGAAUACCGAUUCAUACCAUUGUUGACAUUUUUGCUAAAACGUAUCACUGCUGGUGCUGAUAAACAAUUAAAGGUUUUGACCCUGCUGCAGGAGUUAACAUUUGGCAUACAAAUAUCGUGGGAGGAACCAUAUAUUGUGGUGUUGCUGGAACAGCUGGUACAAAUUGUCUAUCAAGCAACCGAGGAGGGUGAAGAAACACAUGCCCAGUUGGCGUUAUCGGUUCUCAUCAAUUUGUGUUAUAAAAACUUUGUGGUUCUCUUUUUGUUCCUGCGCUCUGUGAAUAUUUCUACAUUUAGUCGUCGUAUACAAAACUAUGGAGUGCUGGCUAAUAAAAUGUUAAUCAUUUUAUCGGAGGAUAUCCAUUCGCCGGAUCAAAAGGAAUUACAUCUAUUUAUACGUUCAUGUUUUACCGCCGUCGAAGAGUGCAUAAAACAAUGGAAUGUUCCGCACUUAAUGCACAUUGUAGAAUUUCUUAAGGACUCGAAGGCCCAUAGUGGCCUGCACCAGGCAAUGAUGAGUUAUCAAUUCUAUUUUGAGGAUAUUGAAAAGUUAUUGGAUCGUUUAGAGUCACGACGAUCCAUGGACGAUUCUAGUGAUGAUUCACGGAAGCAUGAACAAAUCUGUAUGGGUUUGCUGUUCGAACUAAUGGAACAUAUUAUGGAUUUGUCGGGUCAAAUCGAUGAGGAAGGCAAAGAAAAUGUUGCCAUUAGUUUAGAUUCAAAUAUACCCAGGAUAUUUGAGCUGUUAUGCAGUUGGCUGCAAUCGGAAGUUUGUGGGGUGCAAGCCAUAAAUCUGUUGGACAGCUUAGUUCGAUUGGCCAAAAAAGAAUCCAUAGCACCACGUAUCUCACGCGAUCCUUCCAUAAUUAUUCAGCUAAUAUUGACAUCGGAAAAACCGGAAACAUCACCACUACACACAGCUGCCGUAUUACAACUAUUGGUUUCACUGCUACAUCAAACGAAAACAGAAAAAUUAAUUUUGUCCAAAAUUACCGAAUCCUAUUUUGAUAAAAUAUUAGCCCCAUUGUUGGCCGUUAAAACGGAAAUGCCCGAUAGUUUUUUGUCCAUGGAAGAAAUAGAAAAGUCAAUAUUUUGUUUACUUUUACUCAUAAAUUUUACCGAUAUUGCCAAAAAGGCAUAUUUUGAAAAGUGCUGUAAUCUAUUACAAUUGCCGCAGAUACAACAUGCCUUGGCCCGGGCCAUGGUGAGUGGUGGAGAACGGGUGUGUUCUGCUGUCUUUCAAAUAUCACAAUUUGAACAUUUUCCACAAUUUGAAGUGGCCAAGCACAUUUCCAAAUUGAAUGCCUCCAACAAUCAAAUUCACCUUGCCUCUCCUGCUCCAAAUGGUGAUCAAUGGCGUAAUUUGAAUGCCAUUUUAAAGAGUCACAAAACAUUUGCCAGCAAAGAGCUGGAAGAGCGUUUGAAUGCUUUGAUUGAACUGAUAUCAAAUGCUGAACGCAACAAUCAAUUAAAUAAUGUGGCCACAUCACAAAUUAUGGAGUUGUUUAAUUAUAAAAUUAAAAAUUUACAAGCAGCCGAGGCUAGUUUGCAAAAACGUUUAGAGGAUGCCAGUAAUGAGAUCACCCACCUCUCACAACGCAUUAAUUUUCAAAAUGCCGAACUGGAAAAAUAUCACACCAUGAAUUUUGAAUUACACAUCAAUCAAGAGUCUCUGCAAACUCAAUGUAAAGAUUUGAAACAUCAAAAGGAUAAUUUGAAACGUAAUAUGACAGAGCUAAUGAAGAAAUUAUCUGAACAAUCUGAGGCAUUGCAAAUAAGUGAAAAACGUUUGGCUGUUAAAGUAUCGGAAAUGAUUGUUCUCCAAAAGGACUAUAAUGAUCUAAAGGAACAGUUGCAAGCCAAAACAGAAGAGGUGGACAAAUUACAUGCGGCCUCUAAAGAAAGUUCACUACGCAUUGACAAAUUUAAGAAGACAAUUGCCGCAUAUGAAGUCGAUUUGAAAGAAAAAACCCGUCACAUUGAAGAGAAAGAAAAGGAGCUGGCCAAAACACAAAAAGUGCUGGAAGAACAGCGUGAUGCUAAAAAGAAAUCCGAUGAUGUUAUUACGGUACUCGAAUCACAACUGCAAGAGAAAAAUGAACAAAUUCGUAACUACGAAUUGGAAUUGAGCGAAACAGAAGAGUUGCGUAAAACCAUCAUGAGUUUAAUGGAAAGUAAAAAACCCAAACGUAAAUAG